AUGGACUCGCUUUCACCUGGUUCGCGCGUUUCCUUCUACGACUCGACCGGAAGACUAGUGGGAGGUGUCGUCGAAUCUACAAUUCGCAUGGCGAACGGUAUGCAAGUAGUCCGCGUCAAGUGUGACAGUGGAAGUAGCAUAACCUUACCGGCGGCAGGACUAUUCCAAGGUUAG